AUGAAGCUCCUCUCCGUCAUCUUCCUGGCCUGUGCCACCGCAGUCAUGGCCCAACGCGGCCCUGGCGAGCCUUGUGCCGCCUAUCCAGGUGCUUUCUGCAACCCAGGCUUUAAAUGCGAGCCCAAUCAUCCCGGAGUCCCUGGAGGACAGGGUCAUUGUGUCCCUGACUUCCACAUCAACGACGAGGAUAAUUAA